AUGCCUUUAUAUGAAGUAUUUUCUCAUUCCGAUCGAUUUCAUUAUCGUGCAAAUUUGUUUUCAUUAGCAACAUGUUUUGUAAUUCUUUGUACAAUAUUAACAUUUUUACCACCAUUUCUCUUUGCUUAUUUUGCUGAAGGAUUUUGGAUAAAAGAAGGAAGUUAUAGUGAACAAGCACGUGUUGCUUAUUCUGGCUAUAUUGUCACAAUCGAUUAUACGAAUUCAGUAGGAAGCCAAGUUAAAAUUAGUUCAUCUUAUGCAUCAUUAAAUACAGCUUUUCGUGAUGCUUUUAUUUCUGGAAUAAAUAGUUUAACAUCCAAUGAUACAAAUGGAAAUGGUAUUGAUAAUCAAUUUUCUAUUGCAUUUCAAUUCCCUUUUGAUGAUAAUACUAUUGUUAUUAAUAAUACUACUGUUAUUAAUAAUAUUAAUGUUUGGCUCAUAUUUCAAUAUGAAUUACGAGCUAGACAAUAUAUUAAUAUGCAAACAAUGGCAUUAAUUAACCUUUAUUCUGAUGCGAUGAGUUUAACGUCUAAUCCAACGGUAACUGCAGAAGGAAAUUUAAUAUUUCAACAGCGACAACCAAUACAAAGUUCAGGCAAUGAUAUAACAUAUAAUCAACCAAUUAUUGAUACAGAUAGUUUACUUGCAACAUCACCAAUAGAUUUUAGUCCUAUCUUGAAUACUUAUUUUAAGAGAAAAUAUUAUACAUCAUAUCAAUCAGAAUCUUUAAAAUGGGCAUCUGGUACAACGAGUACUGAUUCGUCAUUAAAUAUUAAUAUAACAGUUAAUGUUAAUAGUCAAUCUAUAAGAUUCAUACCUGGUUUUUGGCAAGAAUUUAAAUGGGGUUGGAUACAAUAUUUAUCUGUACUUUUACCAUUUAUUAUGAUAUUUAAUCGAAUAAAAGAAUUUGUUUUUCAAAAUCAAUUGGUACGAACAUUAGUAGAUAUGCCUCGUCAUCGAUAUAAAUCUUAA